AUUCUUGCCAAGAUUCUUGCCAAGAUCCCCGCGGUAAUUCUUACCAAGAUUCUUGCCAAGAUUUCUGUAGUAAUUCUUAUCAACAUUCUUGCCAGGUUUCCUCUGGUAAUUCUUGCCAAGAUUCUUGCCAAGAUUCCUUUGGUAAUUCUUGCCAAGAUUCUUGCCAAGAUUAUCCUAGUGAUUCUUACCAAGAUUCUUGCCAAGAUACCCAUAGUAAUUCUUACCAAGAUUCUUGCCAAGAUUUCCGUGAUAAUUCUUGCCAAGAUACCCAUACUAAUUCUUACCAAGAUUCUUGCAAACAUACCCAUAGUAAAUCUUACCAAGAUUCUUGUCAAGGUACCUAUAGUAAAUCUUACCAAGAUUCUUUCCAAGAUUCCCGUGGUAAUUCUUGCCAAGAAUCUUGCCAAGAUUUGGGUGAUAAUUCUUUCCAAGAUACCCAUGCUAAUUCUUGCCAAUAUUCUUGCCAACAUACCCAUAGUUAAUCUUACCAAGAUUCUUGCCAAGAUAACCAUAGUAAUUCUUCCCAAGAUUCUUGCCAAGAUUUCCGUGAUAAUUCUUGCCAAGAUACCCAUACUAAUUCUUACCAAGAUUCUUGCCAAGAUACCUGUAGUAAAUCUUACCAAGAUUCUUGCCGAGAUACCCAUAGUAAUUCUUGCCAAGAUUCUUGCCAAGAUACCCAUACUAAUUCUUACCAAGAUUCUUGCAAAGAUACCCAUAAUUAAUCUUACCAAGAUUCUUGCCAAGAUAACCAUAGUAAUUCUUACCAAGAUUCUUGCCAAGAUACCUAUAGUAAAUCGUACCAAGAUUCUUUCCAAGAUUCCCGUGGUAAUUCUUGCCAAGAUUCCUGUGGUAAUUCUUGCCAAGAUUCCCAUAGUAAUUCUUACCAAGAUUCUUGCCAAGAUACCUAUAGUAAAUCGUACCAAGAUUCUUUCCAAGAUUCCCGUGGUAAUUCUUGCCAAGAUUCCUGUGGUAAUUCUUGCCAAGAUUCCCGUAGUAAUUCUUACCAAGAUUCUUGCCAAGAUACCCAUGGUAAAUCUUUCCAAGAUUCUUACCAAGCUACCGAUAGUAAAUCUUACCAAGAUUCUAGCCAAGAUACCCAUACUAAUUCUUACCAAGAUUCUUGCCAAGAUACCUAUAGUAAAUCUUACCAAGAUUCUUUCCAAGAUUCCCGUGGUAAUUCUUGCCACGAAUCUUGCCAACAUACCCAUAGUAAAUGUUACCAAGAUUCUUGCAAAGAUACCCAUAAUUAAUCUUACCAAGAUUCUUGCCAAGAUAACCAUAGUAAUUCUUACCAAGAUUCUUGCCAAGAUACCUAUAGUAAAUCGUACCAAGAUUCUUUCCAAGAUUCCCGUGGUAAUUCUUGCCAAGAUUCCUGUGGUAAUUCUUGCCAAGAUUCCCGUAGUAAUUCUUACCAAGAUUCUUGCCAAGAGACCCAUGCUAAAUCUUACCAAGAUUCUUACCAAGCUUAUUGCUACCGAUAGUAAAUCUUACCAAGAUUUUUGCCAAGAUUCCGGUUGUAAUUCUUGCCAAGAUUCUUCCCAAGAUACCCAUUGUACUUCUUACCAGAAUUCUUGCCAAGAUUCCCGUGGUAACAUACCCAUAGUAAUUCUUACCAAGAUUCUUGCCAAGAUACCUUUAGUAAAUCAUAGCAAGAUUCUUGCCGAGAUACCCAUAGUAAUUCUUACCAAGAUUCUUGCCAAGAUUCCUGUGGUAAUUCUUGGCAAGAUUCUUGCCAAGAUUGCCGUAGUAAUUCUUAUCACGAUUCUUGCCAACAUACCCAUAGUAAAUGUUACCAAGAUUCUUCCUAAGAUACCUUUAGUAAAUCUUACUAUGAUUCUUGCCGAGAUACCCAUAGUAAUUCUAGCCUAGAUUCUUUCCAAAAUUCCUGUGGCAAUUCUUGCCGAGAUUCUUGCCAAGAUCCCGCGGUAAUUCUUACCAAGAUUCGUGCCAAGAUUCCUGUAGUAAUUCCUACCAAGAUUCUUGCCUCGAUUCCUGUGAUAAUUCUUGCCAAGAUUCCCAUAGUAAUUCUUAGCAAGAUUCCCGUCAUAAAUCUUGCCAAGAUUCUUGCCAAGAUACCCAUAGUAAUUCUUACCAAGAUUCUUACCAAGGUAACCAUAGUAAAUCUUGCCAAGAUACCUAUAGUAAUUCUUACUGCGAUUCUUGUCAAGAUACCUAUAGUAAAUCUGACCAAGAUUCUUGCCGAGAUACCCAUAGUAAUUCUUACCAAGAUUCUUGCCAAGAUACCUAUAGUAAAUCUUACCAACAUUCUUGCCAAGAUACCCAUGUUAAAUCUUACCAAGAUUCUUACCAAGGUACCGAUAGUAAAUGUUACCAAGAUUCUUGCUAAGAUUCCUGUUCUAAUUCUUGCUAAGAUUCUUCCCAAAAUACCCAUUUUAAUUCUUAGCAAGAUUCUUGCCAAGAUUCCCGUGGUAAUUCUUAGCAAGAUUCUUGCUAAGAUUCCCGUAGUGAUUCUUGCCAAGUUUCUUGGCAAGAUUACCGUAGUAAUUCUUACCAAGAUUCUUGCCAAGAUUCCCGUGGUAAUUCUUACCAAGAUUCUUGCUAAUAUUCCGGUGGUAAUUCUUGCCAAGAUUGUUGCCACGAUUCCCGUAGUAAUUCUUGCCAAGAAUCCCUGUGGUAAUUCUUGCCAAGAUUCUAGCCAAGAAACCCAUAGUACUUCUCACCAAUAUUCCUGCCAAGAUACCUGUAGUAAAUCUUACCAAGAUAUUUCCCAAGAUACCCAUAGUGUUUUACUGUAUUAUUUUGGUGGCCCGAGCAUGUGCGGUUUUGAAGUUAUAGAGGCUGGUCUUUAUAGUCCCCCCCCCCCCCNUGCUAAGAUUCUUCCCAAAAUACCCAUUUUAAUUCUUAGCAAGAUUCUUGCCAAGAUUCCCGUGGUAAUUCUUAGCAAGAUUCUUGCUAAGAUUCCCGUAGUGAUUCUUGCCAAGUUUCUUGGCAAGAUUACCGUAGUAAUUCUUACCAAGAUUCUUGCCAAGAUUCCCGUGGUAAUUCUUACCAAGAUUCUUGCUAAUAUUCCGGUGGUAAUUCUUGCCAAGAUUGUUGCCACGAUUCCCGUAGUAAUUCUUGCCAAGAAUCCCUGUGGUAAUUCUUGCCAAGAUUCUAGCCAAGAAACCCAUAGUACUUCUCACCAAUAUUCCUGCCAAGAUACCUGUAGUAAAUCUUACCAAGAUAUUUCCCAAGAUACCCAUAGUGUUUUACUGUAUUAUUUUGGUGGCCCGAGCAUGUGCGGUUUUGAAGUUAUAGAGGCUGGUCUUUAUAGUCCCCCCCCCCCCCUCCCCCCGCCGGGUGCAGGAAGCAAAAACAACAGCCCUGUAUGCACAUGGUUAAAUGCUCUCUCGCGUGUCGCCUGACGAUCCUCUAUCGCGGUUACUGGUCACUUCUUGAAUUAUUGAUUAUCGUUUUUGAGGUUUUUUUUUAUUGUAUUUGUCUCGUUUUACAGGAGGAAUUGGACUCUGAAGAAGAGGAUAUAAGAAAUAAAGCUGAACAGUGAGUUAUAUGUUUAAUUAUAUAUUAGCAACUCUCUGAAUUUACUUGUCUUGGUUAAAGCUUUCUGAGCGCAAUUUUCUCUUUACUUUAGAAUCCGCGAAAAGAAAAAGCUUAUUGUCAAAGCUCAUCGUGAGAUGAAACCAAGAAAUAACAAAGCAAAACUUUCACGUUCCGUGUUCCUUAAGGUAAGUUAAAACUUUUACAGCAAGGAGCCCAAAAGUAUGACCUCUCAUUGUUUCGUGCAGAUUUAAUCCAAUCAGAAGCCAGCUGGAAACGGUCCUCCACUUCCGAUUGGUUAAUAUCUGCAUGACAGAAUGUGAGGUUACACUUUUGGGCUCGUUCACAUCGUUUCUGUUUUGUUUCUCAGUGAGGAGUAGUAAGUACUCUAAAUUUUAGGACAAAGAAAAAGAUAAGUGUCAAAUCAUAGCAUAAUGGGACUGCUCUAGAAUGAUUCUGUGUUUAUUCACAUCACAACCAGUCUGGUACUAGCGAGCAGUCCGAAGUCUAGCGGUCCAAGCGUUACGCUCCUCCGCGGACGACUUAAUGGAUGAGUAUAAGGCCGUCGCCGAUAAGGCGAUAGUUUUACUAUCAGUUCGCAGGAGAAACUAAUGGACACUUACAAGUGGAGUUAUAGUGCAGGUUAACAAUCGCAAUCACUCUGGCCAAUCACGAGACCCACUGAGAGAUAAGUGCUUGAUCCGCUUAAAGAGAGCGUGCUGGCGGAAAUCCUAGGAGAAAUGUUUUAAAUAAAAUAUUAUCCUCUCAUUUAUGACCCCACGUGGCGUAGUGGUAAAAAUAUUUCCCGGCACGUAGGAGGUGCUGAGUUCCGGGCGAAAAGCCUUUUUUUUUUUCUCUUCCUUCUUUUCUUCUUUUCUUUUUUUUCUUUUCGUUUAGUAUUUUUAGUUAUUGUAGUUUUGUUUUGUUUCUUUAUAUAGCGUUAGUUUUUUUACAUUUAUAUAUUUUUUCCCUAUUGCCUUAUUUCCCUUUCAUCCUACUUCUAGCCGUUCCCCCGAAGUGCUCCGCGAGGUCUUGCGAUUCACGUAUUUCUAGUUAUUGAUUUAAAUGUAAUUGGUUAAAACAAGUGGUGCGAACUUUUUCAGGCAAUCACAGAGCAAAGCAAUGUAAAGCCAAGGAUUGAAAACUUUUUAUCCGGACCACGUGUGGUUUCGUUGUUUAAUCUUUUAAUAUUUUUUGCACAUAGGCCCAAGCCGCUCGCAGCCGAAAAAAGAGUGAUACUGAU